AUGCCAUCUCCCAUUCCACCCCCGUCUUCCCAUCCCUCCCUUCAUCCCCUCGACACGCGAUCAGUCACCGUCGACCUCGUCAACUCUGCCUCUCCUUCCGCCUCCCCUGCGCACGCGACUCCCUCCUCGACCGCCCGUUUCGACGCUUUCGCCGCGCCGGCCGCCCGUUCCGGCAGCUCGGCACAUGCAGAGUCGUCGGGCGCCAACCUGCAGCACAACGAGGGCAUCGAGAUGGAGCCAAUCGUCCCCACUGGCCACCGCCGGCGGCGGAGCAGUCUCAUGAGCCCGUCGAACGGGUUUGCACGAGGCAACCGCCCCAGGGGCCAGUCGGUCGGCUUGCAAGAGGAACCCAAGAUAUCCGAAGAGGGGGUCGACGACCCAUGGGGGUUCCAGGCAGAUCGAGGGGAGGACAGCGUUUCCGACGAAGAUCUACACUCCGACGAGGAGGCCGGGUUGACGGAGCAAGACAGGCGGCGGAAAGAGAAGAAGAGGAGGAGGAAUACCCGGCUGGAUAACAGGAUUAUCCGCGAGAAUAUCACCCAGGAGGAGAGGAGAGAAGCCGACCAGAACGUCGUCAAAACCCUGCUGAUCAAUGGCUCUCUCAUCGGCCUGUGGUACCUCUUUUCUCUCUCAAUAUCACUGUACAAUAAAUGGAUGUUCGGGGGCGACAAACUGAACUUCCCCUUUCCUAUGUUUACAACUGCAGUACACAUGCUGGUACAAUUCUGUCUAGCAGGCAUUGUGCUGUUCUUCUUCCCGAGGUUUCGGCCUCAACACCCGACAUACGGGCAUAUCUCAGACCAGGGGCAGUCCAGGCACGAGACAGAGCGAGGGCCCCUGAUGACCAAGAUGUUCUAUCUGACGAGAAUCGGGCCCUGCGGUGCGGCGACUGGGCUCGACAUUGGGCUUGGUAACACGUCGCUUAAGUUCAUCACUCUGACUUUUUAUACAAUGUGCAAGUCGUCAGCGCUGGCGUUCGUCCUCCUCUUCGCCUUCGUCUUCAGGUUAGAAACGCCGACGUGGAAGCUCGUCGCCAUCAUCGGCACCAUGACCAUCGGCGUCAUCAUGAUGGUGGCGGGCGAGGUCGAGUUCAAGCUCGGCGGCUUCCUCCUCGUCAUCUCGGCGGCCUUCUUCUCGGGAUUCCGCUGGGGCCUGACCCAGAUCCUCCUGCUCCGCAACCCGGCCACCUCGAACCCCUUCUCGAGCAUCUUCUUCCUCGCGCCCAUCAUGUUCCUCACCCUCACCUGCAUCGCCAUCCCCGUCGAGGGCUUCUCGGAGCUGCUCGUCGCCCUCAAGGUCCUGCACGAGGACUGGGGCGCGCUGCUGACGCCGUGCCUCAUCGUCUUCCCGGGCACCAUCGCCUUCCUCAUGACGGCCUCCGAGUUCGCCCUGCUCAAGCGCACCUCGGUCGUCACUCUGUCCAUCGCCGGCAUCUUCAAGGAGGUCGUGACCAUCUCGGCGGCCGCCCUCGUCUUCAACGACACGCUGACGCCCAUCAACAUCUCGGGCCUGCUCAUCACCAUGGUCGCCAUCGGCGCCUACAACUACAUCAAGAUCAACAAGAUGCGCGCCGAGGCCCAGCUCGACGUGCACAAGGGCCACCAGAUGGUGUCCUCCGGCGGCGGUGCCGGCGACGGCUCGUCUUCGAGCAACAGCGGCAGCGGCAGCGGCAGCGACGCCGAUAACGACGACGCCGACGGCGAGGAGGCGGGCCUGCUGGCGCGCAAGAGCGCCGACCUGGAUAACGACGCUGGCCACGUCACGGCCGACGGGGACAUCAUUCCCAAGCCCGAGCUGGGCGACGCGAGGCACGAGCACAGGUCGGACCGGGAGGACUGA